AACACCUUCAGACAUUGAAAUACAUACAUCACAAAGGAAACAACGAAAACAAUGGCAGGCGACGAUACCUCAGCAAAGGAAGACUCAUCCCAGAAAGCUAACGAGCGACUCACCAAACUCUCCUCUCAAAUCAAACCAAAACCCAACCAAAGAUCCAAAUCCAAAAACACGUCAAGCCUCCCAGCAGACUACUCAGAUGUCCUCUCUCAAAUCAACACUCUCCAAAAAAUAGCCUCAACCCCAAACACAAACAACAGAGGCUACAUCCGCCAAAAACAAGCCGGCAAACUCUGGGUCCGCGAACGCAUCAACCACCUCCUGGACACCGACACCUUCGAGGAAAUCGGCUCGAUAUCAGGAACAGUAAAAUGGCGCAAAACCGGCCCCAUGCGCGAAACGCCAGAAUCUUUUGUUCCCAGUAAUAAUGUACAAGGGACAGGCAAGCUCCGCGGGCGAAAGGUAUUACUGACAGUGGACGAUUUUAGUAUCCGUGGAGGCCACGCGGAUGGGUCGACGGCGGAGAAGACGAUUUAUAUGGAGAAGUUGGCUGUUGCGUUGAGGUUUCCAGUUGUUAAGUUGGUGGAUGGUAGUUCGGGAGGUGGGAGUGUCACGACUAUUAGGAAGGAGGGGUGGAGUUAUUUGCCACAUUUGCCUAUGUAUCAGCAUGUGGUGAAGCAGUUGAAUAUGGGGAUUCCGAAUUUGGGAGCUGUUGUUGGGCCGGCUAUUGGCCUGGGAGCAGCUCGCGUUGUGUCUUGUCAUUUCUCUGUUAUGGCAGCGGAUAUAGGGGCAUUGUUCAAUGCAGGGCCCAAGGUUGUUGAAGGAGCGACGUUCGAAGAAGGACUUGAUUUCCAGGACUUAGGUGGUCCAAUCGUCCACUGCACGAAUGGAACCAUCGAUAACCUGGCCGCCAAUGAACCCGAAUGCUACGAGCAGCUACGCACGAUACUCAGCUAUCUUCCCAACACCGGAACCGAGGCACCUCCUGUGGCUCCGUGCGAGGAUCCGGAAGAUCGCGAGGACCUAGGAUUGCGCCAGGUUAUCCCCCGUCGGGCUGCACGCAUGUAUAACCCGCGCACGAUAAUCACGAGCGUGGUUGAUCGCGGUUCAUGGUUCGAGAUCGGUUCACUUUGGGGUAGAACGGCGAUCGGAGGACUUGCGCGAUUAGGAGGGCGUCCAGUGGGCGUUGUUUCGUUGAACUGCGAAGUGAAUGGUGGUGCAUUAGAUGCAGCGGGUAGCCAGAAAUUGACCCGAUUGCUGAAAUUAUGCGAUGUGAUGAAUCUGCCCAUUCUGCAAUUCAUCGAUGUCCCCGGCUACGCUAUCGGCACCAUCGCCGAACGAAGCGCCACAAUGCGCUGGGGCGUCGAACUCGCCAAAACCUACUACACAACCACAACGCCCAUCUUCAACGUGAUAACCCGGCGCGUCUUUGGCGUCGCGGGCGGAGUCAUGAUCGGUUCCCGUGAUCCAGUAAUGCAAGUCGCCUGGCCGUCGGGUCAAUGGGGCUCCCUCCCCUUAGACGGGGGUAUUGAAGUCGGACACCGAAAUGAAUUGCGCGAAGCAGAGAAGGCAGGAAAGAAAGAGGAGAGAUAUCGUGAGUUGGAAGAGGAGUAUUUGAGGUUGAUGAAUCCGGUACGAACGGCGAAUGCGUUUGGUAUCGAGGAGAUGAUUGAUCCGAAGGAUACGAGGGGAGUCUGUUGUCGGUGGGCGGGGGAUAUGUAUGGGGGGUUGAUGAGGGAGAGGUUAAGGGAUAGGGCGAUGGGGAAGAUUCGACCUGUUUUUGCUUGAGUGAUAUAUAUCCAGUGCAGAGAGCCUGUUCAGUGAUACUCCGGAGUCCAGUUCCAACGGAAUGGUCUCAAUUGUGAAACACAAAACCAUAGUAAAGGCAUCUAU